UAUUAGUUUCCGGAAUCACUCCGCACCUAAUAAUUUCUCCUAAACUGAAGUCUGCGGGGAGCGAAAACAGAGAGCGAGAUAGAGAGACACGGAGAUGGAGCAGGAAGGGAUUGAGCACAGGACAGUUGAGGUGAACGGAAUAAGGAUGCAUGUAGCAGAGAAGGGAGAGGGGCCGGUGGUUCUCUUCCUCCACGGUUUCCCGGAGCUCUGGUAUUCCUGGCGCCACCAGAUACUCUUUCUCGCAGCCCGCGGCUACCGUGCCGUCGCCCCUGACCUCCGCGGCUUCGGCGAUACGGAGGCUCCGCCAGACAUCGCUGCCUACUCCAUCUUCCACAUCGUCGGCGACAUCGUCGCCCUGAUUGAUUCUCUCGGCCAAGACCAGGUGUUUGUGGUGGGGCAUGACUGGGGAGCUCUCGUGGCUUGGACUCUUUGCGCUUUCCGGCCUGACAAGGUUAAGGCUCUGGUGAACCUUGGCGUCCCGUACAUGCCCCGAAAUCCUGCUGUGAGGCCGGUUGAUGGCUUAAGGGCGACCUACGGCAACGAUUUUUACAUUUCCAGAUUCCAGGAGCCUGGAGAAGUUGAAGCUCAGUUUGCCCAAGUUGAUACCACACUCCUCAUGAAGAUUUUGUUAACAUCGUUCAGCCCGCAGGCUCUGUUUAUACCAGAGAAAGGGUUUCCUGGAGGACUUGGUGAAGAAAUCACCUUGCCUUCUUGGCUUUCUGAAAAUGAUAUCAACUACUUUGCAAGCAAAUUCAGUAAGACAGGUUUUGCAGGUGGAAUCAACUAUUACCGCAACAUGAACAGGAACUGGGAACUCACUGCAGCGUGGACUGGGAUUCAAAUAAAAGUACCCACAAAGCUCAUUCUAGGGGAUCAAGAUCUAACUUAUCAUUUCAUAGGCUUAAAGGACUACAUAGAGACAGGUGGCUUAAAGAGAGAUGUUCCAUUGCUUGAAGAUUCUGUUUUAAUGAAAGGUGUUGGGCACUUCAUAAACCAGGAAAAACCUGAAGAAAUAUCUCACUACAUUUAUGAAUUCAUCAAGAAAUUCUGAUCAUUCUGAUCAAUGAUCGUUGGUAAACUUGUGCUAUUUUUAAAGCUUAAUAAGCUCACUCAUGGCCAUCUGAUCAAACCUUUGUGAUCGAUUUAGAGCUCUUAAUUGUUGUAAAAAAUGAUCAGCAUGAUUAACUUCUCUGCAUGGACAAGCUCAGAUCAAAAUUUGAUUUGUUUUGCCUUUUAAUGCCAUGUGAUGAAACAUUUGUGGACCUAAUGGUAUAAGAAAAUGCCAUGAUUUGUGGAUA